CGAGACAUCGCCCGGUCGUCACACCUCGGGCAUCCUCCGUGUCGUCCGGACACGUCCGCCUCGUCCCACGUUCUUCAACGUCGUCCAUCGUUUCGCUCGCGACUUUCAUCCGCCGCCGUUUUAAUCGCGUCUCAGCUCAAUCAGGAGACGUUCCAGUGGUCAUCGGGGUCAUUCGAUGUCGAAUAGGAUCGACGGCUUUACUAGGUCGUGAUUGUUAAUUAAGUAGAAGGAUUUCCAUACGUCAAGGAGCAAUCUCGGCAAUUAACGUCGAACAGGAAACAGCUCGAGAAGUUGGGAGACCACGUGACGAGUUUGCCAUCAGAGCCGAGUGGACUCCGCGAGUCUACGAGCAAGAAUCGAGUGGGAAGAACAACUCGACACGUGCGAGCAGCCACUCAUCAAUGUUUUCGAUCAACAUGCGUAUAUUCAAGACCGUACUGCUAAUCGCGUACCUCGGCGCAAGCGUCCGCUGUCUACCCGUCGACAGCGAGUCGACUACCGAGUCGAAGACCGAGAUCUUCGUUUCGUCAACGACGGAGGCGACCACCACUUUCACCACCGCGCCGACCUUGGCUGCCGCGCAGUCUGACAGUAAUUACUACGACCAGCGGCAAAACGGUAGCGAGAACUACCGCAUUCACGUGGACGGUGUGGUGCUGGUGUUCGCGCCGGUCGAAGCACUGCUGCUAGCCGGUGCCACCGCCGGCACUACCGCAUCCACUUUGUCGAUACCCGAGCACGGUGGAUACCUCCAGCUGAAUAGCAUUCAGCCGAACGGUGAGAAGCCCAACGUCGAUCUUCAGAAUAAAACCGAGCUGGCCAGCUCGAAGACGAUACAUAGACCGCCGUUACGAUUGGCGCAUCUAUUGGCGCCUUUCUUACGUCGCUUACAUCCUGAGGAUAGUGCGAACGUGCACUGAGAUGAUAUUCCAGGUCCUUCGACUCCACUAUGCGUAGUGUUUCAUAUACGGAGCUUAUUAAACAAAUGGGAUGAGAUAUCUGCAUCUACAGGAAUGGUGAACGAGUACUCGUAUAAUAUAACGCAUAUGAUCGACGAUCUCCACUUAACGUCAAGCCACAUGUAAUUGUAUACGUUGUCUAGCGUGAACAAAUGGAUGGACUAAUUGCGAAAUUUUCAGAUCAAUGAUCACUCUUAGUCUAUUCUGGUGAACUCCUUUUCCCCGCAGUUUCAGACGAUUUUCAAGAUAUGGAAAGCCACGAGAACGACGAAUGUAUUUAUACGCCGUAAACCGAGGUGACACGUUGGAUGCGAUAUUCGAGCGCGAACGUUCGAUUUCGUCGUUAUAUUUUUAUUUUGGUGUAACGGCGCGCAUCGUGGUAUUAUUAUAACGCGAUUAUUAUAUUCAUCCGUAUUCAUUCUUGUGUAAACGUAUGGAUGUAUCGGUGGUUUCCGCAUUGACAAUCGUAGUAGCUUCCGCAUGUCCACCUAUAUAAUACCGCUUCAAUUAUGUAUAGAAUUAUGUAUACAAUCUAUAAUGAUAAAUUACAACGUGUUUGUAUCGAUAUGAAAAUUUAUUUGAUUAAACAUUAAAAUACA